AUGGACGAGAAACUCACUGUUUUCAGGGCAGGAACAAAGGAUGGGCCUUCGUUUUCGUUUUCUAAUGACCACGGCGUUCGAGAAAAGAAUGGGACUGUCCAACAACCACAUGAUGUCUGGAUGAUUACCGAGCCUAAUCUGUACUUUCCUCUUAAUCAAAGAGGAAAAACCACUGUUCGUCUGUUCAAAGUCGAUAUUUGGCCGAGUGACUUUGAUGAACUAAAGAGUAAAAGUAGACGACAAUUGAAGGAACAACUGGAAUCACUGGAUUGGAAAGAAAUAAAACUCGAAACAUGUGACGGUGGAAUGUCCCUCAUGGACUUCAGCACACUUGUGAGAGCCAUUAUGGUGUACAUGAAAGACCAUUACCCAACCACUCCUGAUGAAUACAACUUUCAAGCUGAAUUAAAGGCCGCAGGUCAUUGGUAUUGGUAUCCAAAGAGCAAUAAAAAUUCUGGCCAUAAGGAAGAAGAUCAUACCUCGAUAAAGCUUCCAGAACUUGUCUCUGGUCCCCACAAAGAUAAUCGUGUGAAAAUAGCAGCACUGGAGACUUGUAAGAAAUGGAUCAGUGUCCUUAAAGAGUUAAAAAUGGAAUCAUCGCCACACAAGAGAUCUAAAAGGGUUAAAGAAGAUGGGGAGUCUUCACCUGACGAGGAUGAAAAUGAAGAACGCAUUUAUGGUGUGUAA